AUAAAAGUGAAUAUUAAAUUUCUAAUAAAAUAGAAAAUAGAAUCUGCAAGUAUAAAUUAACUUUUAAACAAACAUGCCAGUAAAUAAAUUUAUAAGCGCCUCUUCAGCUUAUAUUAAUACAUCAUAUUUAUCAUACUUAAAGUGGUUUAUCAUACAAAAUAGAUUUUUUGUAAAUGAUGUAAAAAAUUGUUUGGAAAUGCCCGCUUGCAAACAUGUACCUCCUACGUAUACGGGCAAAUGCUACGAAGACAUGAAAAGGGCACACGAGACGAUUGUAUCUCCUUCUUUAAAACCAUUUUACAAAGAACCGCUAAUUAUACACGAAGGCCGAGGACAGUGGUUGUGGGAUCAUCGGGGAGAACGAUAUUUGGAUAUGUUUGGCGGUGUCGCUACCGUAUCUGUAGGACAUUCUCAUCCAAAAAUAGUAGCUGCUAUAUUUGAGCAAGCAUCGAAAUUGAACCAUGUGUCUUCUGUCUACAUGCAACCUCGUCUACAAGAAUAUGUGGCCAAGUUGAUCGAUAAAUUUUCAGGAAAGUUGAAAGUAGUCUAUUUAACAAACAGUGGAUCUGAAGCUAACGAAUUAGCAUUUUUGAUGGUUAGACUUUAUACUCGCAAUCAAAAUAUUGUUUCUUUAAAAAACGGCUAUCAUGGAGCAACUUAUGGAACCUCAGCAUCUACUGCAUUGAGUAACUGGAAAUAUCCUUAUGUUGUACAACCACCUGGUUAUAUGCACAUGGUAUACCCAGAUGUAUACAAGGGUAGUUGGGGUGGUUCCAGCUGCAGAGAUUCCCCUGUACAAGUGAGUGGAAGGAAUUGUGCCUGUGGGGAGAAGGAAUGUAUAGCAUCAGAUAAAUACUUUGAUGAUUUUAAGGAGACAUUUCAAUUUAGUUUGCCAUACAAACACAGUAUAGCAGCAUUUGUAGCUGAAAGUAUUCAGGGAAUAGGAGGAACAAUACAAUAUCCUAAAAACUUUCUUCAGAAAGUAUAUGAUUAUAUCCAUGCACAAGGUGGUCUGUGUAUAGCGGAUGAAGUUCAGACUGGUUUUGGUAGAACAGGGGAGCAUUUUUGGGGCUUUGAAAGCCAUAAGGUUGAACCGGAUAUAGUGACGUUAGCAAAAGGUAUAGGUAAUGGAUUUCCUCUAGGCGCAGUAGUAACAAGCGCCGAAAUUGCUGAGAGUCUAAAUGCCGCUUUACAUUUCAAUACGUUUGGAGGAAAUCCGCUUGCUUGCGCCGUAGGGAUAACGGUGCUUGAUAUCAUAGAAAAUGAACGUCUUCAGGAGAAUGCACAUAAGGUCGGUACUUACCUGAUUAAUCAAUUAAGUACGUUGUUAUCAGAAUUCCCCAAUAUUGUUGGAGAUGUUAGAGGGAAAGGAUUGAUGAUUGGAGUUGAACUAAUUUCAAAUGCCGAGACAAGAAGUCCUUUAAAAGCUGAACACAUGCUUGAUAUUUUUGAAGAUAUAAAGAAUAUGAAAAUUCUUCUCGGAAAAGGAGGAGUACAUGGGAAUGUACUGAGAAUAAAACCACCUUUAUGUAUAACAAAGGAAGAUGCAAAUUUUACAGUUGCAGUUAUAAGAAGAGCAUUAGAAGUUCAUAAAGAAAAAUACCAUAAAUAGAUCAAAGAACAAUUUAAUACAUUAAGCGAAUACAAUCCAUUUUGUUUGGUAUAGUCAUUUAUAUUACAUUUGUACAAUAUAAUUUCUUUCUUUAUUGUUAUUACACCUUAAUUUAACAUGCAGAUUUUGUGACUACACUGCAGUCACUACAAUAUAAUUGUACAUGAUGCUAAUGAUUCACAAUAUCCAUAGACAAUAAAGAUUGAUCACUAUGUAUGUA